AUGGCCGAUUUCGACCUGAACGCUUCCUUCAUUCCGGCCCUGCACAAGCCAGCGGCCCUUCUCCCCAUCGCGAAGCACCGCGACGCCCUGCUGUAUCUCAUCGAGACCAAGCAGGUCACCAUUGUCGUGGGCCAUACAGGCUCUGGCAAGACGACGCAGAUCCCGCAAUUCCUCGAAGCGGCGGGAUGGUGCUCCGACGGCAAGAUCAUUGGUGUCACGCAGCCCCGGCGCGUGGCAGCCACAACCGUAGCCCUCCGCGUCGCCGAGGAGGUUGGCUGUGAGAUAGGCCAGGAGGUCGGCUACGCCAUCCGCUUCGAGGACCUCACAUCGGCCCAGACGCGCAUCAAGUUUAUGACCGACGGUCUACUCAUUAGAGAGGCACUCGUCGACCCCCUUUUAACGCGUUACUCUGUCAUCAUGGUUGACGAGGCCCACGAGCGUUCCAUCGGCACCGACAUCCUUCUGGGGCUACUAAAGAAGAUUCAAAAGAAGCGGCCCGAGCUGCGCAUCAUCAUCAGCAGCGCGACGCUGCAGGCCGAGGAGUUUCUGAGGUUCUUCACAACGAACCCCGGGGACGAGGAGAAGAAGCCGGUAGUAGCACCGGAAGACAGAGACGCCAAAGCCGGCGCUGACGACGAAAAGGGUGCAAUCAUCAGCCUAGAGGGCAGGACAUUCCCAGUCGACAUACUCUACCUCGACUCGCCCACGGAAAACUACGUCGAAAAGGCCAUAUCGACCGUCUUUGACAUCCACGCGCAGGAAGCAGAGGGCGACAUCCUCGUCUUCCUCACAGGUCGCGAGGAGAUUGACAACGCAGUCCAGGCCGUCGCCGACCGCCUCCUCGACACGCAGCAAACGCAAGGCCAGCAAACACUACAGGCACUGCCCCUGUACGCGGGGUUGACGACAGAGCAACAAAUGUACGUCUUCGACAAACCUCCCGAGGGCACAAGAAAGGUCGUCUUCGCGACGAACAUCGCCGAGGCCUCCAUCACCAUCGACGGCAUUGUUUACGUGAUCGACUGCGGCUUCGCAAAGAUGCGGGCCUACAAUCCGCAGACGGGUAUCGACUCCCUCACCUCGACAGCCAUCUCCAAGGCCUCGGCGACCCAGCGCGCCGGCCGAGCGGGACGCACACGGCCGGGCAAGUGCUUCCGGCUCUAUACCGAAGAUGCCUACCUUGGCCUGCCGGAGGUCAACGUGCCCGAGAUCCAGCGCUCUAACCUGGCGCCCUUUAUCCUGCAGCUCAAGGCCCUCGGCAUCGACAACGUGCUGCGCUUCAACUUCCUCAGUCCGCCGCCCUCGGAGCUCAUGGCCAAGGCACUGGAGCUGCUCUACUCGCUGGGCGCGCUCGACGAGUACGCCAAGCUGACGAAGCCGCUGGGCUACCGCAUGGCGGAGCUGGCUGUUGAGCCGAUGAUGGGCAAGACGCUACUGAGCGCGCCGUCAUUCGGGUGCCUGAGCGAGGUGCUCACGAUCGCGGCCAUGACGAGCGCUGGCGGGAACAACGUCUGGUUCCACCACGACGGCGAGCGCAAGGAAAUGGAGACGUCGCGGCGCAAGUUCGCCGCCGACGAGGGCGACCACUUGACGCUCCUCAACGUCUACCACGCGUUUGUGACCAAGGGCCGGAAGGAGGCCAAGUUCUGCCGGGAGCACAACCUCAACUUCAAGACCAUGACGCGCGCUGUCAGCAUACGAGCGCAGCUGAAGCGAUAUCUCGAACGGUUCGGCGUCGCUGUUGACGAGUCGCUCAGCUCGGCGGCGGCGGCGGCGCAACAGCGACAGCAGGAGAACAACAUGGUCAAGGCGGAACAGAUCCGGAGGUGCCUUACGAGCGGCUACUUUGCCCAUGCGGCGAGGAUGCAGCCCGACGGCACGUUCCGCAACGUGUCGGGAGAGACAACGCUGCAUGCGCACCCGAGCUCGCUCAUGUUCAACCGCAAGGCUGACUGGGUCAUCUUUCACGAGGUCAUGGAGACGGGCACAAAGAUCUUCAUUCGGGAUGUCACCAAGAUUGACAAGAAUUGGCUGGUGGAGUACGCCCCAGAGUUUUAUCAGGUCGUGGACAAGUCGGCGAGAGCGCGCGAGGCUGAAGCUGAAACGUCAUGA